GUGCAUGGACAGGGAUUGCUGCUCUCCAUUCAGGAUCCCAAACUCCCAGCCUCAGGAGCAUCUUCUCUGGGAUUCCUGGAAGACCACAGAGGCUAUAGUGGGUGAAGCAACAUCUGGAGACUUCACCAAUAGAUGUGCAUCCCGUACCAAAUACAACAGAGAAAUAAGCAUCAAGCUGGACUUGUUUCACUGCAUGCGGCGGUUCACCAGGGAGUGCAUCUCAGAGCAUCAUCCACUUCACAGCUCCUUCUGCAAGUUCCUUUCGGCAGCUUUUUGUGUGGUGGACCAAACCGAUCUUCAGAGGCUGAAGGAGGCCUACACCUUCUGUGGGAUCCAGCCAGCUAACCCCACAAAGCAGCACAUCAGGGAGCACUGCCGCACCAAGAUCCCAGAACCCAGAGAGCUGCUGGUGCGGGUGGAGAGUGUUCUGAAGAGGUUCUUUUUGGAAUCGGAUCCAGAUGGCAUACCACUGUUUAAGGCAACAAUGCUGAAAGUGUGGAGGAUUCAGCGCGUUCACAUCCUCAGGGGCUGUCUGAGCGACCCGGAGGUGGGAGACGGGAUCCUCUACAGACACGGUGGCACGUUACAGCUGAACCACAUCAAGGGGGAAGCGGCAGCGGUACCGAUCUGGAUCCCGGUGCGAGGAACAUCCCAGCAGGAGGGAUUUCAUUUCCACCAGUCCAAAUGGGUGACAGGAAAUCAGGUCUCGACAGAACUUUUCCAGGCCCAAGGCAUGACUGGAGUAGCUCGGUGGAACUUCCAGCGCCUUGUGAGCCUGAAGCAACCUGGUCUGAAGCUUCCUUCAGUUUUUAAUCCAGCUCUGAUUGUACAGCUGAACAAACUGUCAAAGGAAGUGACAGGACAAGCUAAGUACCCUGCCUUAGUCUUGUCACAGGCCGACACUGGGGAAAGGUUUGGACUGCAGUAUGUGGAGCCUGGCUGCCGUCCGGUUCCUCUUCACUGGGACAAACACAAGUCUCAGAGAGACCCGGUUGUUGAGGAAGAAGAGCGUUUGUCUCCAGAACCACCUCCUUCCAAUGAAACAGUCAUCGACCUGCCUGAAGAACAUGGAGAAGAACACUCUGCUCAUGAUAAUGUCUUAGGUGUGGUUGCUGAUGACUCACUAGCAAUGACCCAAGCCCCUGAAGUGAAAGAUGUCUCAACGACACCACCACCACUGCCUUUUGCUGCCUCUCCACGCGCAGCUCGCACUGGUCCUAUCAAAGCAGGGGGUCUGCUUUUUGUCCUGGACCAUUCUCGUUGGACAAAUCCAAUGAGAGAUGCCAUUGAUGUCCUUCUGGCAAAGCACCAUGGACAAAAGGACUUUCUGAGCAAGGUAGACGCAGAGUAUGCCGCCCUUGUUCAAACUGCCUCCAGGAAUCCCAACAGCCUCCUCCACCCCACCACUAAACAGCACAUCUCCCGCUACGUGAAGCACAUGGCGAAGAUGAUUAACAGAAGUUCGUCUAUGAACACUAGUCCCGAAAAACUUUUGGAAACCCAGCAGCUGUGGCAUAAACUCACUGAAGGCAGUGAAACUGUCACUGUGCCAGUUGUGACUCUCCCUCCUGCUCCAGUGAACCCCCCCAGCUCUAAACCAGAUGAAGCUCCUUUAACGAAGACUGACGUUGAAAAAAUGGUGAAGGAGAUUGUAGGUCUGCAGCAACAACAGCAGAAACCUGAAAAAAAAAUGACAAGGAACUGUCUUGCUUGUGGGCAGCCAAAGUCUCGUUACCUUGGUGAUGGAUCUUCUGUUCAUUUCUUUUAUCAGUCUGGGGAUGUGAGAUACUUCUACUGCUCCAAAAAAGUACUCCAGAUCUAUGCAGCAGAAGGCCUUACAAACCCCAGGAUGCCAUUUGCAGACUUUGCUGCCACGCCAUUUUUUGAGAGAGAGUUAAAGGCUGCAAAGCAGAGGUCUGCACAAUGCAGAAAGGUUUUGGAGGACCGACAGAAAAGAAAGGCAAGGGAGCAGCAUCCCAGUGGGCGUCUGUGCAGGUUCUGCCACAAACCACUGAAACAAGGUCCAGAGAGUCCACACAUACACACCGGGUUCCCUGGUGUUGUGGGGAAGUAUGUUUACUGUCCUGCCAGAGUCUUGUCCCUCCACCGGGCAAAUGGGAUGACUCAAGAAAUGACCUGGGAGGAGUUCUCUCAGUCUCCUUUUUAUGAGGCUGAAAAGAUGAGGUGGGCUGCUGGCCGGCAAGCAGAAGAGGGAAAGAGAUAGCUUUUAUGUCUGUUCUAUUUGUUAUCAAAAGAUGUUGCUGUUUUGACCACUUUUGUCUCAUUUUACCUCAGCUUGUCAUAUUGGAUGAGAAAUAAGUGUAAAACGUCAAAAUCUCUGCUAAACCUGUCUAUAUGUUUGCCUGUAUUAAGUUCUCUUCUGAUAACACACUGAUUAUGAUAGAACUCGUGGUGUUAUCUAUCAAUGUGAAAAUAUUUGUAAUUUAGUUUGUGAAAUCUAUUUUGUGAAUACAAUUUUCUUACAUAUUUAUUAUUAGUGUUUAGUUUUGAUAGAAAAAGCAAACAUAUUUACUACUUCCUCAAUUCAUUUUACACCUUUAAAAUACUUGUAUUAAAGUUUUGCCUGUUUAAACCCUUCUGCCCUUCAAUUGUAAAUCCAUGGUUGAACAUUUUGGUACAUUUUGUGUUAAAUACUGUGUUUUAUUUAUUUUCAUGUUGAUUUCUUAAUAAAACAUAGUUGAAAUUGAAAUGAG